ACUGGUAAACAAGUGGCCUGACUAGACCGAGCGCAUAUAAAUACAAGUCUCUGCUGAUCGACGGAGUUCAGUUGAUACUUUUGAACGCUUGAGGAUAUGUCGCAAUAUAAGUACCUGUCGGGCUUUGGCUCACACUUUUCAUCCGAGGAUGAGCGGUAUCCAAAUUCACUGCCAGUGGGUCAGAACUCGCCUCAGGUGUGCCCUUACAAACUUUAUGCCGAACAGCUCUCUGGGAGCGCCUUCACGGCGCCUAGAACCGAAAACGUAAGAACCUGGCUCUACAGGAAACUGCCCUCGGCAGUGCAUCAGCCAUUCAAGCCAUUCAAAGGAGCGACCUACCUGAAGCAAAACUGGGACGAGCAGCCACCAAACCCCAAUCAGCUUCGCUGGAAACCUUUCGAUUUGCCGCCUCAGCAGGGCAGAAAGAUUACUUUUGUCGAGGGUUUGCAUACGGUUUGUGGUGCUGGAGAUGCCAGAGCUCGACAUGGUCUAGCCAUUCACAUUUACUCAUGCAACGAGUCCAUGGAUAGCUCGGCCUUCUACAACAGCGAUGGUGAUUUUCUGAUCGUGCCUCAGCAGGGAGUUCUGGAUAUAACCACGGAGUUGGGUCGCAUGAAAGUGGCACCCAAUGAGAUUUGUGUGAUUCCGCAGGGCAUUCGAUUCGCGGUCGCAGUGAACGGUGCCUCCAGAGGCUAUAUUCUGGAGGUGUACGAUGGCCAUUUCGUUUUGCCAGACCUUGGACCCAUCGGUGCCAAUGGCCUGGCCAAUCCCAGGGACUUUGAAACGCCAGUGGCUUGGUUCAAUGAUCAACACAUCGAAGACUUUCAGGUUAUAUCCAAAUUCCAGGGCAGUCUCUUUGUUGCCCAGCAGAAUCACAGUGUCUUCGAUGUGGUUGCCUGGCAUGGCAACUAUGUGCCUUACAAAUACGAUCUAUCCAAGUUUAUGGUCAUCAAUUCGGUGAGCUUUGACCACUGCGAUCCCAGCAUCUUCACCGUGCUCACGUGUCCAAGUUUGAGGGCUGGCACGGCCAUUGCCGACUUUGUCAUCUUCCCACCAAGGUGGUCCGUUCAAGAGCACACAUUCCGACCGCCCUACUAUCACAGAAACUGCAUGAGCGAAUUUAUGGGCUUGAUUUUGGGCAAGUAUGAGGCCAAAGAGGAUGGCUUUGCCGCGGGUGGAGCCACUCUCCAUUCGAUUAUGACGCCACACGGACCGGAUGUCAAGUGCUUUGAGGGUGCCUCGAACGCCAAGCUUCAACCAGAACGUAUCGCUGAAGGAACUCAGGCCUUUAUGUUUGAGUCCUCGCUGAGUCUGGCUGUGACAAAAUGGGGAGAGGAAACCUGCCAGAAACUGGAUGCUGCGUACUACGAAUGCUGGCAGUCCUUGAAGGAUAAUUUUCAAAUUAACAAAGCUCAGAAAUAGUCGAAAAUU